AUGAAGGGUCUAUUAAAAGGAUUGAGGUACAUUGCUCGAAUCUUCGAGGAUGAUAAGCAACCAGAGAUGCAGAUUGGAAAACCGACCGAUGUGAAACAUGUUGCUCAUAUAGGAUGGGAAGGGCCCUCUGCUACGACCCCAAGCUGGAUGCAUGAUUAUAAGUCACCGACGGCUGAGGCAAAAGGAAGUUCCAACAAGAAACCAAGGGAGAAGCAAAGGAACAAGGGGAGGCGUAAGGCCUCAACAGGCACAAACAACUCACCUGCAGAGUCUCCAUCAAGGGUAGGAGGUUCAACAAGGACAACAAGACGUAGCACGGGUAAACAGAGAGAGCAGAGCACGGGUUCAGGGUCUGAGUCAGGUUCAGGGUUGGACUUACCUCAACAGAAUGAUCAGCCUGUGGGACAGAAGCAGUCGAGGCAGAGAAAGUCAAAAGGGACAACAGGAGGAGGAGGGUCGUCUAGUGGAUCUUCAAAGACAAAAGAAACAGAUAUAUCCGCGCGUGCGGUUAUUCCUUGUGUGGGAGGUCUUGGAAGUUCCAAAGGAAGAUGA